AUGGAGGUGCUAAAAUACAUUACAGGAGACUACAUCUUCAAGAAGGCAGCCGGUUACCUUUCCGUGGAGGAAGACGCUGCUCCAAUCCAAUUCAACACCACUUUCAGCGUCGCGUCCCUCACCAAGCUUAUCACCACCAUUGCCGCGCUCCAAUGCGUAGAAAGAGGCCAGAUCACGCUCGACGAGCCAACCGACAAGCUGCUGCCCGAACUUGAUGCUUUGCCAUUGAUCGAACCAGCCGAAGAUGACGAGCACCCGUUUAAGUUGAAAGCAGCCACGAGAAAGAUUACUUUGAGGCAUCUACUGACCCACGCGAGCGGCGUUUGCUACGACAUCAUGGACCCCUCCGUUAUGGCCUGGCGCGCUUCGCGCGGGGAAGAAUCGAUGGCGGUGAAGCCGGAUAUCCUGAAGGCGUUCACUUUUCCGAGACUCUUCGAGGCCGGAGAGGGAUGGUCUUACGGGACGUCAGUUGAUUGGGCCGGAUUCUUGGUCGGUAGGCUUAACAAGACCACACUCGAGGAGUAUUGCGACGAAAAUAUUUUCAAGCCUUUGGGAAUGGAUUCGACAACUUGGCGAUUGGACAAGAAGCCGGCAGUGGCAGAGAGAUUGAUGCCGAUAUCUUUGAGAGCGCCAGACGGGAAACUGGUACCGGGGCCAACAAAUUUCAUAUCAGAAAAGCCCCUGGUCGAUGAGCUAGGAGGGUCUGGCUUACACACUUCAGUCCCGGACUACACUCGUGUUCUGGCAGAUCUUCUGAAAGAGUCACCGGCUUUGUUGAAGAAAGAGACUGUCGACAUGAUGUUUACGCCCCAAUUUGAAGUAGGGAGUAAGUCACAUGAGGGGGAGUUCAAACAAGCGGGCUUCACAAGUCGUAGUCUCGUGGGUGGGACGGUCCACGAAUGGAUGCGACCGAAGCUAAAUUGGGGACUUGGUGGUGUCGUAACAACUGAAGAGAUCAAAACGGACGUCUACUACAAGCCGAAAGGAACGUUAUGUUGGAGUGGGAUGCCGAAUUUAGUCUGGGCGAUCAAUAGGGAAUUAGGACUUGCAUGGGUAUAUGCUACGCAGAUUCUGCCCCAGGACGACGAUUUCAGUCUGAACUUGGUCAAGCAGUUUGAAACCGAGGUAUGGAAGAUGAAGCCAUGACGGCCCACGGCAAAACCUAACUCCAAGAGGGGUGAACGAGAUCAGGUGGCGCCAAAGAAGAAAGCUGUGUACUUCUUCACUCGGG